AUGCGAUUACUCCGUCAAACCUUGUCCCUAUGUCUGCUCCUCGCCUCGUCAUUAGUGGCUGCUCGAAAGAGCACUUCAGCCGAGAUUUCGGAUGCAAUCUCGCACCUGCCCCAUUGCUGUCUAGACUGUGUAAUGCCUGUGCUCGGAGCUAUGAAUUGCAAUCUCGGCAACCUCACCGAAUUCAGUGACUGUUUCUGUAUCAAAACCGAAUUUCAGGCUCAAAUCUCUUCUUGUACCAAAAAGCAGUGCCCAUUUGUUCGUUUAAUUGAAUCUGAGGCUUUACUCAAAACUAUUUGCACAGGUCAGCCGCGAGAGACGCGCCGACCCCAGAUUUACACCUCGACUUCCAUCUCCACAUUUUUUGCCAUAUUAUUUGUAAUAUUACGAUGCUAUUCCAAUUAUCAGGUUGCCAAAAAAUUCUGGUGGGAUGAUGGAUUCCUCAUAAUUUCUACUAUAUUUUUCGCCGCAUUCCAAUGCUUAACCUUGUGGGGUGCGUCUUACGGAUUCGGGCUGCAUAUCUGGAAUGCAGAAACCACACACUGGCGCGGUCUCUUGCUCUUUGAAUGGUCAUGGGAGCUUCUAUAUAUCGUCGUACAAACAAUGACCAAAGUCUCUGUGCUCCUUCUUUACUUCCGAAUAUUCCCCCAGGUCUGGUUUCGCAAGAUACUAUUUUGUCUAAUAGUCUUCAUGUUCGUACACUUUGUAGCUUUCAGUGUCGUCAUUGUGAACGCAUGCAAACCAAUAAAACGCUUUUGGAAUCAUGCUCUCCCUGGAAAAUGCAUAAAUACUCGUCCGGUCGGCGUGGUUGGUGCAGCCUGCAGUAUCGUGGAAGAUAUUGUGUUCCUCUUUCUUCCUAUCCCACUGAUAUGGCAGCUAAAGUUGAAAACAUCUCGGAAGAUUGGAAUUACUUUGAUUCUCGCCGUGGGAGUAAUCGCAUGCGUAGCAAGCAUAGUACGACUCAAAUUCUUGGUACGAUACAACGAAACCUUUGACCAGAUCUGGGAUAACUUUUGCCUUGUUGUUCUAUCUCAGAUUGAGUUAUGCCUUUCUAUAAUCUGUGUUUGUUUUCCAGCUAUCCGGCUUCUGUUCAGUCGCAGCAACAAAAAUGUUACCACCAUCAAUGAUCAGAAGCAAGAUAGCGAUCCGAGCCACUCAUAUGUGUCAGAUCGAAGUAAUUCAAAAAGAGGAUUUAUAUCAAAGGUGCGGAGCAUCAUUAGCAACCACACAUCCGGUCGAGUUGGGUCUCUGCCUUGGGUGUCCACUCGGGCUCCACAGCUGAGUUCUAUUUACAUUACUUCACACAUUGAGCUUACGGACAAAGAUCCGACGUCAAGUUCUGGUAAGCCAAAGGGAUAUGAAAGCCAUAUUGCUGCCUCGAAGCCGGAAGUGCCCAAAUAUCACGAAGCCACUACCCCCUUGGUGGCGAUGCCCAAUAUCGUACAGGUUGAUAAAUCAGGGAACCAUGUGACUCCUUUUCGAAAGUUAACGGGUAGCCUAUUUCGAGAAUCUCGUUUAUCUGUUCGCUCAAGUACCAACACAGGUGGCACAGUCAACGAUAAAUUUGAUCAGAUUGGCGAAGCUCGGUAG